AACACUAGAACUCAAAGUCACUUCUCGUCUAAGUCGUCUUGUUCCCAAAAUUCCAAAACCUUUCCAAUUUACUCUCCUGAUCUCUCACUCCAAUAUAAAGAAUCCACAUCAUUUCCCCUAAGUUGAAAACUCUAAAUAUCACAAAAGAUAAAUUCUUUUAGAACCCUCAAUAUGGAGAAGAUACAAAAGAUGAUCUCCGAGAAGCCUGUCGUGAUAUUCAGCAAGAACUCGUGCUGCAUGUCUCACACGAUCAAGACUCUCUUCAUCGACUUUGGUGUGAACCCAACGAUCUACGAGCUCGACGAGAUCAACAGAGGAAAGGAGAUAGAGCAAGCAUUGGCUCAGCUUGGCUGCAGCCCUACCGUGCCGGUGGUGUUCAUAGGAGGUCAGCUCAUUGGUGGAGCGAAUCAAGUCAUGAGUCUCCAUCUCAAUCGCUCUCUUGUCCCAAUGCUUAAGCACGUUGGAGCGUUAUGGGUUUGAUUAUUAUUUAAAUAAAUUAAAAACUAAACCCAAAAAAACCCAUUUCCGUACGUAGCGUAAGUACGUACCGUACUAAUUAUUCUAAUGCUUUUUAAGAAUAAGAUGAAACUUAAGAAAAAAAAUAUCAUCUAUACAUACUUUGUAAGCAAGUCUAUCUCAGUUUUUAGGGGAUAGAUUAUGAGAGUGUACCUAUUUUUGUAACAUGAGGGUAUCGUAAUUAAUAAA